AUGUCUCCGCUGCUUCAGACUUCACUAUCUAAUAGCUUGUCCACUAAUAGAUUUGUACCUCUUCUUUCAUUGCAAGCCAAUAGGUCAGCACCUCCCUUGUCUCAGACAUGUCAAUCGCCUAACACUUCUCUACCUCUGGAACGCAAAAUUGGGACUCGGUCAACCAUCGAAAGUAUUCCCACUUGCUCUGCCCCUUUAGUCGAGACUGUUCGUACUCCUACACAUCCUGAGAUAGGGACAAGGACCCUUCCUAAUCCAGGUGAACAACAAUAUGGUCCCUCCAGUGAUAAUCUUGAUCAGCCACCUUCUCGUCCUAUGAGUGCCAUUCUUCGUCACCCAAGUUGUAAACAAGGCUCAGGUAGGGAGCAAAACCACAGGAAGUUAAAGGAAGGAGAAAAAGAAAAAAGAAGAAGAAGAAGCAGGUUUUCAAGCUUGGGUUCUCCAUUUCUUCAAUUUCUCCAUUGAUUUAAAGUGGUAAGUAAAAGUAUGUUGAAUUAUUUUUUGGGUUUAUGGAAAAAUUUCUCAAAUUUGAGGUUUAUCAAAAAUUAAUGUUUAUAGUUUGUGUAGAAGAUUAGUGUUGAAAGGAAGGAAGUUUGAAAUGGGUUUGUAAAUUGGAGCUUCAAUCUUUAAUUUAUUGUGUUUAUAUAAUGUAAAAUACUUGAUUCAUGAGGUAUUAGAGUGGUACAAGGAUUUUAGGUUUGA